AUGGCGUCUGAUGUAUAUUCCUUUGGUAUCAUAGCAUAUGAAAUAGUAUCAGGUCUUCUAGCAUAUCAAGGCAUCAGUACACAUAUUAAUUUGCUACAUGAGAUUAAUAAUGGAAAACGACCAAUUAUUCCAACAUACGUACCAAAAUUAAUUGCUAAAUUGAUAAAUAAAUGCUUAAGUUCUCAGUCAGAAGAAAGGCCAACUUCUAAAAAUAUAUAUGAAACUAUUAAUAUUUGUAGUAAAUGCUUAAGUUCUCAGCUAGAAGAAAGAACAAUUUCUAAAGAAUUAUAUGAAAUUAUUAGCAUUUGGAGUAAUGAAAUUGUAAACACUGAACCAACUGAAUUCAUUGCACAAGUAAAGCAAGCUGAUGAAAUAAUUGUUAAUAAUCUGGAAUCCAAACUACCUAAAUCUGAAGAAAUUUAUGUCAGUGAAAAACUUACCAUACGCACUUCUCUAAAUCUUAUAAAUUCUAAUAAGUUAAGCUAUAUAGAUCCAAAAAAUAGCGGAAGUUUGCUAAUUAUUGAUCAAUUCCAGACUAAUUUAAUAGAAAUGACGAAGAAUACCAAUAAAAUGUCCGACUAUAAUAUUUGUCGUCAAACAACUGCGAAUAUUGGUUAUCAAAAUGGAAUGAGCAGCGGAAGCCUUAUUAUGGAUCAAUUGCAUGAUCAAUCACAGACUAAU